UUAGUUGAGUUGAAAACCGUUGGGCGUUUUGAGAACUAAAAAUCUCAACAAUGAUAAGAUCCGGAACGGUAGAGGAUCGCGAUCGAAGAUAAAUGGUCCGUUAAAGUGUUACGUUUAAGAUAAAAAUUUAGUUUUCGUAGAGUUAGUUCGGCAAAGAUGAAUCGAAAUACUUCCGUUUAUAACAGAUAGUUAGCGCUAGAUACAACCGCCAUUGUUGUAUAGUUGAUAGGUAAAGAACGGGUAGGUUUUAAAGUGAAAAAAAGUUGUGUGCGUUGGGUUUUUGUUAAGUUUUGGUGAAUAAAGUUUUAUACAAAUCGAUCUUGGUAAGCGUUUUGAAAAUGGAGUACGUCGAAAGUAGGUAAUGGGCCCCCCAGGAUCAAUGUGGACCCACAGGAUUGAUGUUCAUCAUGUAAUUCGUGUGAAAUGGACGUGACCAUGUAAAGACAACAGAGAUUAGUGAGGGAGAUGUUCAUUUCAAUCGAACCGGAAUGGGAACCGUGUACCGGAUGCGUCCAACCCUAUGAAGUAAUGCUUAAGUGGUGUCUCCUAGGCAAAGAACUUGCACUCAAGCCUUUCUGCUAUGGGGGAUUAUGCGCUCUACAAGGUUCUCCACACUUACGCCCCGGCCAAUGAAGAGAACGUCCUCCAUGUACUAAGAGAUGAUGUCUUGGAAAUUCCAAUACAAUCACCAAUUACCAAAACUAAAAAUCCCAAUAGAUCUAAAUUAUAUGCUUAUAAUAGACGUACGGGCCAACAAGGAUACGUUCCAGUGGCUAUAGUUAAACUGUUGGGUUCAGAGGUAAACAACACCAUUCACCAUCCUUCUGCUAUAGGAGUGGAAGCUGGUACUGAAGUACAAAAAUUGAUGCAGGAAGACACACAACGUGUUGACGUGCAUCGUCUCAAAGAAUUUUACACUGCCACACCUAUUUUAUGUGCUCACUGUAAUGAUUAUAUAUGGGGUAUAGGAGUAGUUGGAGAAGAGUGUUUAGAUUGCCACAAUUGCUUCCAUAAGGUCUGCUCGAGGUUCUCCUCCGAGCGUUCUUGCCAAAACGUCUCCGACCCCCUCCCCCGGCAGACGCUGGACUCUGAGAAGCCGAUUUCCGAAUGGACCUCACUGCACGUAGCAGAAUGGAUGGCCGCGUUAAAUUUUUACUCCUACACUGACGUCUUUCGGUGUAAGGAUAUUAAGGGGAUCGAUUUAAUUCACCUCGAUGAAGACAAACUGAUGAAUAUGGGUAUCAAAGACGAGUUUCAUCAAAAAGCGAUUCUGUCCUGCAUAGAAGAAUUAAAAACGAAACAAACGUCCAAUACGCCGACGUCGCCGGAGAUCAAAGGGGAAGACGAGCUGGUCUCGCAACACCUGGGGCUUGCUCAGCAUAGUUUUAGCACAUUGGAAAAGUGUACGAAAUGCCAGAAGUAUCUGCGAGGGCUCCUGCAUCAGGGGUUCUUUUGUCAAGACUGCGGUUUGAUAGCUCAUCGCACGUGUGCGGCAAAUGGAUUACCUGGAUGUGUAUCCAUUGGAGAAAAAGUACCCAUCGUAUCAUCAGUGUUUGGCAGAAGCCUUUGUUCUAUGUUUAACGUUUCCGAAGCUCCAGCUCCGGCCAUUGUGAUGAUCUGCACGCAAGAAUUGGAAGCUAAAGCGAAAGAAAACGGAAGUCUGGAGCUUUACAAUCUUUACGCGUCGACGGCACCCCCGGAGUUCAAUGAUGUUUGCAAAAACCUUGGCGAUUACAACGCGGAACACUCCAUGCAGGAUUACUCCGCUAUGUGCGUCGCUAGUAUACUCAAAAAGUUUCUUAGAGAACUUCCCGACCCUAUUAUACCAGUUCAAUGGUACGACUUAUUCUUGGAUGCAGCAGCAAGAAUAAAAAAUGAUGAUCAAUGUGAGUCAAUGUUAAACCAACUAAUACAACAAAUACCGGAACAUCAUAGGAGUACCCUUAAAUUUGUCAUGGCGCAUCUAUGUAGAAUGUGUCGGAUGGAAUACGCUCGCGGCAACCGAAACCCCCCAACAGUGCUCGUCCAAGUAAUGUGCCAUAUAUUAUUACGGCCACCUUGGGAGCAUAUCAUCCAGGUGGUAUACAAUACUCACCAUCAUAAUAGAAUAGUGGAAUUACUCUUAAUGAGAUGCGAUUGGGGGGAAAAAUUACCAGAAUUUGCGUCAGCACCGGCGAUACCACCCAGAAAAUCAUCCCACAUAGGUCCCCCUACAGCCAUUAACAAAGAUAAACCACCUCCUAAUCCAAAUUCGACAAGUUUGCAAGACGCGGAAUGGUAUUGGGGUGAUAUUACUCGAGAAGAAGUGAACGAAAAGCUUAGUGAUAAGGUGGAUGGAACGUUUCUUGUAAGAGACGCGUCAAGUAAAUGCGGAGAAUAUACUUUAACAUUACGUAAAGGUGGUGCCAAUAAAUUGAUUAAGAUCUGCCACUCCAACGGAAAAUAUGGUUUUUCCGAACCAUAUCAAUAUCUAUCGGUCGUGGAUUUAAUUAACCAUUUUAAAACUGUCUCACUCUCGCAAUAUAAUUCAUCGUUAGAUAUCAAAUUAUUGUACCCCGUUUCGAAAUACAAUCAAGAGGAAGAGAUGAACAACAAUGAGGAUAUCGAAAGACUUAUAGAACAUUUCGUUGAUAUUAAUCGUCGAUUAAAAGAAAAGAAUUGUCUAGUCGAGCGAUACAAAACUGAUUUUAAUAAGAGUUUGCAGGAGGUGCACAGUAAACGGCAAGCACUCACCGCGCUCAAAGAACUCGUCACCGUUUUUAACGAACAAGUUGUCACUCACAAAAUAUUCAAAAAGGAAGCGCAACCGCACGAGGUUGCCAAGCUCAAUGAGAACAACGACAUUCUCAGCUGCCGUAUGAAAAUGAUGGAGGAGAGUUGUGAACAAUUAGACGAAAAUCUCAGGCAACGCGAAGACUAUAAUAGAUCUCUUGAACGAGAGAUCGUUUAUUUAAAGCCGAAAGUUCGUGAACUUGUUAAAGAAAGGGACAAAUAUCAUAGACUUUUGCUCAGACGUGGAAUGAAACAAACUAGGAUAUCACAAUUAAUGCAAGAUCCGGAGAGUAGUUCUGUGAUAGAUUCGGUGGAUGACUGCGACGUGGAAACGUUGCCGCAUAACGAGGAAAAGUCAUGGUUCCUGGUGAACUGCGUGCGAUGUGAUGCGGAGCGGUUGUUGGCGGGAAAAGCGGAUGGAACGUUUUUAGUGCGAAAGUCGAGCACUCACCAGUACGCUUUAUCGAUAGCGUGCAACGGCGUCGUGAAUCACUGCAUAAUAUUGGAAACAUCGAAGGGUUACGGAUUUUCGGAACCGUAUAUAAUAUACGAUUCGCUCAAGUCGCUGGUGCUGCACUACGCGCAAAACUCCCUCGAGAUCCAUAACGAUUCUCUCAACACGACGCUUAAAUACCCGAUAAACGCGUACGCUGUCAAGUGAUAUAUAUCUAUUAUAAGUUGCUGUGAAGUACUUUUAUUCCCAUCAAGUUUUCUCGUGUAUGUGAUUUUAUUUUAAUGAAUAAUUAAUUAUAUAUUUAUAGGCGCGUGUACGUAUAUAUAGACGUACAAUUUUUGGGGUACGUUUGUGUAUUCGUACGCGGGUGCGCGAGGAGGUUUAACGCAAAUUAUACGUGUAUAGAGGGGACUUUCCGAUAAACACCAUGUUUAAAAUGACUGUGAUAAGUGUACUAAAGAAGAGGAUUUUUUUACAUAUUACAAAAAAUAAUUAUAUAACUUCCCCCCAUCGGGAGAGCAAUGUAAUCGCGAAUAUUACGUAAUAGUGAGACUAUGUGCGGAUACGAGUCAUUACCAAGUUACAACGCUUUGCGCCACGCACGUAACCUGUUUCGAAGCCAUGUUCGUUUUAUCCGAGAGCUCUACAGUUUACGUUUCUUCUAGUUACGUGUACUUAAACCGUUAUUUGACGCGCGCGGUAACUUGGUCUUCUGUUUUAUUUUUAUUUUUUUCUAUUUUUUAAUUAACAAUUCUCGCACAUGUUGUAUUCUCGUUACUUAACGACCCCGUCAACUUAACGUUUACUUUAUAUAGUCGGUACCCAUCGAGUCCGCUCCGUUUUAUUUUUUUACAUUUCACUCUCGAAAAAAUAAAUUCAUUCUAUUCGAGGCGAACACGACGACUAGCAACUAUCAGUUUAUUAAGAGUAACAAAAAUACAAAAGUUAACGUUUUCUCUUUAUCUUUUGCACGUUUAUAUUUUUCAUGUGAACUGAAUGCAAUAAACAUUGAAAACAA